AUGGACGAGCUCGUCGUCUCGUCGGUCAACGAGGUUCCGGAACCCGAAGAGCUCGAGGAGGCGGGGAAACUUGUCGAGCAUUUCGAUUGCAUAGAGCAGCUCUCGAAGAAGCUCGGCAAGUCGGUGCCCACGUGGGAUGGGCUUGAGAACUUUAAAAGUGUUUAUCAGGAAGAGCAAUACGAGCUCUCGGCGAUUGAGACGAUCGAUAGUGCGAUUGACGCGGGGAAUUGGAACGAGUCGAAUUAUCAAACCUACUCAUUCUCCCAACUCUUCCUCCAACCCCGGCCCUACACCCGGCGAGCGACCUCGCUGAUUUCGAAGCCCAUCCCCUACUCAAACUGGCACCCGCACAACCCACACCGCAUGUUCGAGCAGUGUUUUGCAAGGCUACAAGCCGAGUACAAGAAGAAGAAGAUCGGCAUUCAGGGCAUGUAUCUGGAGCAGGGGACGAUGCAGGCGCUGAUCGAGCUUCGAUUCGGCGGUUUCUUGGACAGCCGUCAAUUCGUGUGCAGCCAAAAGAUGUUGCUCAUCGUGCAGUAUGGCAUUUUGGAGGGCGUGAUCAUGGUCGCCCCGCACGAAGACUGGUUUUUCACUGACGCGACGGGCGAUAAAAAGGUCGACACCACGAAGGAGAGCGAGUACCUCGUCUAUCGGAAGCUCACCACCCAGACGAACAUCCACCUCGUCCAGAUGAGCUCCCAGGUCAACUAUCAGAACCCCGAGCACCUCUCCACGCUCUUCAACCAUUUCGCUAAGAUCCAGCACAUUUUUGAUACGCCGUGCAAGUCGUGCUCAAAAGCCAGCCCAGACGGAGCGGACGACGACAAGAAGGGUAAGGAUGCGAAGAAGGACGAGGCUAAGUCACCGUCAAAGCCCGAGCCGGAAGUAGGCCAGUCAGUCCUGCAGCAGGCCUCCACCCAGGGCACCGAGAUCGGGACCACGGGGAAGCCGUCGCCGGAAGCGGCCUCACCCAGCACCGACAGCAAGGAGCGCAACCUCCCGAGUACCAUCAACCAAGCCGGCCGUACCCGCCAACUCGCCACCUCCACCUUCAUCCUCGCCCCGUUGAAGAAGGACAAGCGCGAAAGGAUGAUGCAAGGAGGCCAGAAGAAACAUGACAGGCUGGCCGAACAGGUCGAGCGGCGAAACGAGGGAAAGAAUUUGACACCCGCCGGCUGGAACGGCAUCCGCUCCAUCAAGGUCACCCCAAAGCCGGCUGGCUUCGCCAGGCUGAUCCACCCCUCCGGCAUGGAAGAGCCGGCACCGAGGCCACGCUCGCACGCCAACGAGGAGCCGGAAAAGCCUCCUCCAAAGAAGGGCUGUUGCACCAUCCUG